AUGGAAGUGUGUUUAUUUAAGAAUAGAUUUGAAGCUUCUGCUUCUGCAACGUUAGACAUUAGGUUUGCCACCUUUCAAGAAGAUGAAACCCUAGUUUGUGUAUUCCCCAGAGACAUGAUUGCGUUUUUGUCUUAUUCGAUUUGUUACGUUCGUAUUGUGACUUGCACCCGGUGCACCGUUCACGGAAUUAUGUACGCCACCGCAAAAGGAAACUGUGAAAGGGAAGCAAAAGAUGCAAAGCUCUCUUUGAAUGAAUGA